AUGUGGCGCGUUACUUUAAUAUUUGCUUUUAUUUCCUUAACAAUGGCUGUGGAUAAAUCAGUCAUCAUCAUUGGAUCAGGCAUCAGUGGAUAUUCAGCUGCAAGUAAGUUAUUAGAAAAUGGAUUCAAUGAUGUCAUCAUUUUAGAAGCUGAGGAUCGAAUUGGAGGCAGAAUCAACACAAUUCCGUACGAUGAUGGAUUUAUAGAUUUAGGUGCGCAGUGGGUUCAUGGACAGCAAGGCAAUAUAAUUUAUGAAAUGACCCAUGAACAUUUUGAUUUUGGAACUACUCCUUUUGAUGAUAUUCCAUUUACUUUUCUUCUGUCUAAUGGAACUAAACCAAAUCAAGAGUUGAUAAAUGCAAUUUCCAAAUUAUGCUUUGAAAUCGACCAUAAAAUCUACACUGGUGAUACCUUUACUGGAUCUUUUGGUGACAUGUUUAUAGGCAUUUAUGAUGGAAUUGUUGCAAAUGGAAGUUCUCCAGUGUUCAAAGAUUUAGAUCCAGUUAUAGUUAAAAUGAUGAAAGAAACAUCUGAAAGAAAUAUCAAUGGAUAUGCUGCUAUAAAGUCAUGGUUUGAUUUAUCAGCGAAACUAUGUGCUAGAGAAGAAUUAGCUCAAGGGAGUCAACAUAACACAUGGAGAAGGAAAGGAUUCAAAACUGUAUUUGACUUCAUAUCGAAAAAGCUUCCAGAUCCAUCACAACACAUCGACAUAGAAAGCAAAGUUCAAUUAAAUAAGAAGGUCACGAACAUCAAGUAUAAUAUUAACGAUGUAAACAAUAAAGCUGUUAUCACAUGUGCUGAUGGGUCAGCUUACGAAGCAAAACAUGUCAUUUUCACACCGAGUCUGGGAGUUUUGAAAAAAUAUCAUGAAUCACUCUUUACACCUGCAUUGCCUGAACAGAAGGUUCUUGCAAUCAAACUUUAUGGCUUUGGUGCUGCUGGGAAAAUAUUUUUGGAAUUCGAUGAGUCAUUUUGGAUAGAAGAAGGAGAGCCUUUUGUAGCUUAUCAAUUUUUGUGGUUAGAUGCUGACAAAGAAGAAGUAAAAGCUGCAAAUCGCGAAUGGAUGUUAGGAAUUUCCGCAUUCUAUAUGGUCGAUGAAUUCCCAAACAUGCUUGAAGCAUAUCUUGGUGGACCGAAUAUUGAAGAGUUUGAAGCAUCAAGUGAUGAAAAGAUUAUUAAUGACUGCAUGUGGGCAUUUGAAAAGUUUCUUGGAAAAACCUUACCAAGACCAAAAGCAAUGAUAAAGACAAACUGGCUUACAAAUGAAAACUUUUUAGGAGCCUAUUCAUAUCCUUCGAUGGACGCAGAAAAAGCUGGCGUUGGAAUUCAAGAACUAGCUGAGUCUAUCAAUAAUAAUGACGGUAAACCUAUUCUGUUGUUUGCAGGAUCAGCUAUGGACGAAAAGUAUCCAGGAAACACUCAUGCUGGAGUUCGUACUGGAUUCAGAGCUGCAGAUGAAAUAAUUAGUAUUUAUCAAUAG